AGAGUUGAAGGAUAAAUUGAGAAAGGUUGUCAAUUAAAAUGAAGCCAAUGAAUCGGAUUAGAACAGACAUAUUGAAUGUUAAUCAAAGCCCACGUUCCUAUAAUGCUUCCCAGGUCAUAGGCAAGAUUGGCUCUGACAUCCUGAAAAGGGAAAAAGGCUGGAACGGAAAAACAUGCCAGGCUUCCACACAAUCGGGGAGGAAGUGAUGCGAAUUCAUUAGCGGAAAGUCAAUUAUAGAGCCAUUGAGAGCAGAGACCAGCCGAUUGUGACAAUGUUUAUUUCAGGUGAUCGAAUGGAAUUGGAGCAACAGCCAAGGUUUUGUUAGACUGCUUAGAACAUUGAUUAAAAUCCAAUAUUGACAGCUGAAUCCAUGGACAAUUUAAUAAUGGUUCCAUUGAAACCUCUGCUGUGAGUACUUCAUUGUAUGAUGGUGCCAUUGAUGGAUACAGAUGUAUUUUGGAGUUAUACACCUACAGAAUUUUUAUCGCAGGGCAUCGGUCAGACGGAUUAAAUGCCGAAUAUCAUCCAUGUAGAAUCACUAGUGCUCUGACCAAGUCAUAGGGGAACUAUACGCCUCAUCCAUUUUUGAUGAAGAAGCAUUUGAUCUUUUGGAUUCCAGCACUUGGAGAAUUCUAAGCAUGCAUGUUUGAAAAAGAAGCAGCGUGAGGAAUCCAUAAUUUAUUCUGUCGGAGUAAUUCCUUUUUAAUGCCGGCAGUGACAAGGAGCGUGUGAUACGAUGACAGUGACGAUGAGGUGGGAAAUGUUUCCUCGUUUGGCAGUCUUUGGAUUUAUCAUGCUGAUGUACUCCAGGGCUGUGUCGAGCUUGGAACCUCCCACAAUGCAACCUUUAAAAAUACCACUAGACAGCAUGAGAGAUAAAGUGACUGAGUUUGGAGAGGAAGUCAAAAUGCUGACCCUGAACCUGACUAACUACAACACUUACUCUGACAUGGCCCGUAAACAUCUGACUGUGCCGAAGAAAUUGAAUCCUCAGGACCUGGUGGACAAAUUCGCCCGAGAGAUCGAGGAGCUUCUGGAGACAAAGGUCAAGGCCAUAGAGAGACUGGUAAUAGCAGCAGAAAAUGCCAAGAAGGAACAUGAGUACAGGAAAAAUUUGCAGUUGGAGUAUGUGAACAACAAAAAAGUUCUGAGCCCAGAGGACCUGAAGGAUACCCCCACGGCCAUGACCUCAGAUAUAUACGCCAUGAUCAACUUAACCAGUGAUAACCUUUUUAAUGAGGUCAAGGUCAACCCCAAUUACAGCACCGUUCAUGUACCAACCAAUGUAUAUGAUCAGGCCCCAGUGAUCCUAAAUGGCAUCAAGUGGUCGAAGAAGUUGGAUCCAGUAUUUAAAGAGAACAGGAAGGAGAUUUCAGACCUUAGGUGGCAGUACUUCUGUAAUGCUGAUGGUUUUCUCCGGGUUUACCCAGGUAUAAAAUGGCCGAUCAGGAAUGAAGAGGACAGUGUGGAUAUGUAUGACUGUAGGGUCAGGAGCUGGUAUAUUAAGGCAGCCAGCUCUUCUAAGAAUAUUGUAAUAUUGGUGGACACCAGCGGCAGUAUGAAGGGCCGGCGAAGAAUCAUAACGGGCAAAACCAUACAGAAACUCCUGGAAACUCUCAGUGAUGAUGACCACUUCAACAUUAUCAGGUAUUCUGACAAGCCGGAGUACCUGGACAGCUGUUUUAAUGGGACACUGAUGCAGGCCAACAUACAGAACAAACAAAACGCUGUCAAACUCUUCAGGGAGCUAGAAAUGAAACAGAAAGGGGAGCUAAAUCUGGCACUGGAGGAGGCAUUCAAACUCUUUGAGAAUAAUGAUGCGAAGAAUCUUUGUAAUAAAGCCAUUAUGUUGAUCACGGAUGGACCAGCCGAGACCUACAGAGAAAUCUUUGACAAGCAUAAUUGGCCCAAUAAAACUGUGCGACUGUUCUCGUUUUUGGUUGGACGAGAAGUAAAGGAGAACAGGUAUGCCAAGUGGAUGGCCUGCGCCAAUAAGGGAUAUUACACCCACAUUUCAACACUAGCAGAUGUACAGGAAAGUGUUCAGUAUUAUCUACGUGUGUUGAGUCGGCCAAUGGGGAUAGCCAGAAAGGAGGGAAGUCUUCCCAGAAUUCCUAAGUGGACUCCCGUAUAUGCGGAUUACUCUACCGAGGUGUCCCAGAACUUACGAAAGGGAGUUGGCUUGGUCACUUCUGUUUCCAUGCCUGUGUUUGACACCAGCAACAUGUCUACAAGUAAAGGAAGUUUGCUGGGUGUAAUGGGAACAGACGUACCAAUCCAAGAAAUCAAAGACCUUGUGCCCAAAGACAAACUGGGAGCUAAUGCUUAUGCCUUUAUGUAUACCCACCACGGAUAUGUGCUGUUUCAUCCCAAUAUGAAGCCUAUGUACCAGAAAACAGUUAAAUACGGCCAUAUGGAUGACCAUAAAAAGAAUGAAACAUCGGAACACAAGAAAGAGUUUCGUCCCUUUUACAACACCAUUGAUAUAACAGAGAUGGAGUAUGCUGUUAAUCACACGGACUUACAUAAAUUCCGACAAAAACUAUUAAGUGCCUCAAACAGAAGAAAACCUAUUCGCCUUAAAGUGAAAGUGCCUUAUGACAGAAUGAACAGAGUUGAAGUUGUUGACCAUUUAUAUUACACUGCCUCCAUAAAGGGAACUCCUUUCAAAGUCGCCCUUGCCUUGCCAUCAUAUAGUACCCAACUUAUGCUCAAGACAUUUGACAGUGUCUGUGCUAAUGUUGGAAAUAAACAAAAAGAAUAUGAAUUUGCACCUUGGCGUUAUUGUGGGAACAAUGAGAGUUUACACGCUACUGGUGUGGACAGAAAACUGAAGAUACUGGACCUCUAUAAAUGUGUGAAUGGGAAAGGCAAAUGCCAAGACCAGGACAGUAUUUUAUACAGUGACCUUCUAAUACACCAUGAUAUGAUGAAGUAUAAAAUAGCUGACCAAAAAGAUUACAGAUUUAAAAUCGCUAAUGCCCUACAGACAGGGAGUGAGUACUCCUAUGGACAUGAUUACAAGAAAUACUAUGACAAAAUGGGUGUAGAAUUACUGUUUUUUGCCACCAGAGGUGGUUUAACUGACUUUGUGGUCACCAAAUCACCCCAGAUUAGUCCAUAUUGGAUGGGGAACAGAACAGAAACAGUCCAGGAGCUAUAUUACAGACAAGCCAUCAUGAAUAAGGAGGAAAAGAAAAUAGACUUUACAUUCUCCAUCCCCAUCAAUGAAGAGUUUGUUGAAGGGGAAUCUGUGAUGACCAUUCUGUCCACUAUACCCGUCUAUGUGGGUGAUGCUAACGUAGCUGUGGCCGGAAUGCUACAGAAUUUCACCACCUUCACAGAUAUCCUGAAGAAACACCUCUAUUUCAAUGACUGCAAAGGUCCAGAGUGUUUUUCUUGUGAAUAUCUUUGGACUCUGACCUGCUAUCUUCUGGAUGAAAAUGGAUAUAUACUGUAUGGCACGGAAGGGGUGGAAGAAGAUAUCUUCCCCUAA